GAAGCUUUGCAGAGGAUCAUCACAACGCUUGCCAACAAAAAUGAUGAAAUACAGAACUUUAUUGACACAUUAAGUCAUGUACUUAAAGGCGUGCAGGGUAAUUCUGCCAAGGUCUUGUCUGACCUGGAUGAAGAGUUUGAUGGCCUUUACUCUGUGCUUGAUGAGAUGAAAGAGAGCAUGACUAAUAGAAUCAAGCAGGAACAAGCCCACAAAACCCAGGAACUACAGAAUCAACUGUCCCAGUGUACGAAUGCCCUGGAGAGUUCAGAGGAGCUAUUAGAAUUUGCUUCACGGACCAUGGACAUAAAGGAGCCUGAGGAAUUCACCAAGGCUGCCAGACAGAUCAAGGAUAGGGUUACAAUGGCCGCAGCUUUUCGUCUAUCACUGAAACCAAAACUCAGUGACAACAUGACACAUUUAAUGGUGGAUUUUUCCCAGGAAAGGCAAAUGAUCCAGGGCUUAAAAUUCUUACCAGUGCCUAAAGCACCCGAGAUUGACCCUUCAGAAUGUAUAGUGGCUGACAAUUGUGUGACAGUAUCAUGGCGAAUGCCUGAAGAAGAUAACAAAAUUGACCAUUAUGUUCUGGAAUAUAGGAAAACAAACUAUGAUGGACUUCCAAGGGUUAAAGAUGAGAGAUGCUGGGAAACAGUAGAUAAUAUAAAGGGCACAGAACAUACACUUUCUGGUUUGAAGUUUAACUCUAAAUACAUGAACUUUAGAGUACGAGCUUGCAACAAAGCUGUAGCAGGGGAAUACUCGGACCCAUUCACACUGGAAACCAAAGCCCUCAUCUUUGGCCUUGACAACACAUCAUCCCAUCUGAACCUGAAGGUGGAAGACUCGUAUGUAGAAUGGGAUCCACUGGGUGGUAAAACUCAAGAAAGCAAAGUCAAAGGAAAGGAGAACAAAGGCAGAAGUGCAACACCAUCCCCAAAAAGAACAUCUGUUACUUCUAGGCCCCCUGUUGGUAGGGGCAGCAGAGACCGAUUUACGGGCGAGUCUUACACAGUUUUGGGUGAUACAACAAUUGAAAGUGGACAGCAUUACUGGGAAGUUAAAUCUCAGAAGGACUGCAAAUCCUACAGCGUGGGCGUCACAUAUAAGACACUUGGCAAGUUUGACCAGCUAGGGAAAACCAAUAUAAGCUGGUGCUUACAUGUGAACAACUGGCUACAGGCAACAUUUUCUGCAAAGCACAACAACAAGGCAAAAGCCUUGGAAGUAGCAGUACCAGAUAAAAUAGGUGUAUACUGUGACUUCGAUGGAGGUCAACUUUCAUUUUAUAAUUCUGACACAAAGCAAUUACUUUAUAGUUUUAAAACAAAAUUUACGCAGCCAGUUGUUCCUGCAUUUAUGGCAUGGUGUGGUGGGAUCACAUUGUACACAGGAUUACAGGUUCCAAGUGCCGUCAGGACUCUUCAGAAGACUGAAAAUGGAUUGAGUGGCUCAUCUAGUAGUUUAACCAGCAAUGCUCAAUAA